UUAGUUAGGUUCAUGGGCUCGAGUUCUAAGGGGCCGAUGAAUAAAAGAAAAUAAAAAAUGGGUUCGUUUUGAUGAACCGGGCCUUGCGAGUGAUACCGUAUGAAGCGGGUUCAAGCCAUGCGUCGGGUGUUGAUUUGCUGAACGAAAGCGCGUAGAGGAGGAGGAAAGUUGGGGUUCGACGUGUAUCGCCUCAUUUGUUCUUCUCCACCAAAAAGCUAGGGUUUUUUUCUGAGAGGCGAUAUUUCGUGCGACUUCGUCUCCCGGAGGUUUUCUCGUUCUAAUCGACGACGGAGUGUCUUCUCCACUUGCUCAGGUGAGUAUCGAGUAGAUUGAGGGUUGAAUUGGUUCGAUUUUGUGGUGGAAACUCGAAACCGUUUUCUCGGAUUUCAAUUCAAAAUUGGGGCUUUCGCGUUAGGGAUGUAAAUCGAAGUCUGGGUUUCGAAUAAUUGCUGUAAAUCGUCAUGGUCGUUUCAUGUAUGUGUGCUAAUAAUCUGUCGUUAAUGUGUGCUAAUAAUUGCGAUUGAGGGUUCACGGUUUGUUUAAAACUCGAUUGUUGCAGAUGGAAACUCCCCGAGAACCUCAUUUCUUCAAGCCUCUUCUUCCUGGUUUUCAAAGUGGCGUCGCAAUACCACUUGACUUCUACUCAAAACACAUACAAGGGGCUGAGAUCAAUAAACCAUGGAAGCUAAGAUCGGACGCUUCAGAUCAAAUUUGGGAGGUGAUCCGAGAAGGCAGGACACUCACCAAAGGUUGGAAAGAGUUCACCGAAGCACAUGAUCUUCGAAUCGGUGACAUUGUCAUCUUCAAACACGAAGGAGACAUGGUCUUUCAUGUGACUCCUUUUGGUCCUAGCUGUUGUGAGAUUCAGUAUACACAUCCUCACAUCGUUAAGGAAGAAGCCGACGCGGAUGAUGCUCCUACUUUCUCAUACGACUACUGCUUCUUGGCUGAGGUUACUCCUACAAAUCAAAAGGACGACAAAAUGUUUCUUCCUGUGGAAGCUAUGAGGUGUGGUGCUUUGAACCAACAAUGCAAAGAGGUCAAACUUGUCAACAAGGAGGGAAAGUCAUGGACUGCGCGCUUCGGAUUUAGCGAAUCAGACGGCGCAUAUUACAUCAGCAGAGGGUGGAGAAAGUUCUGUCGUGAUAACAGAUGCACCAACGGAGAUUUGUUUGUGUUCAACGUGGUUGGAGACGGGACGACAACUCCAUUACUGUGUGUAUGUCCGGAAAGGAAGGAGUGUACUGAACUACUGAUCAAGCACUUCAGCAGAAUCGAUGGUAGCAUUGCUUCUACCUCACGAAAUUAGAUGGCUCUUUUGCGGUCUUUCCUCUCUAUCAUCUUAACUUGUUUCUUUUUGUUUCAUUAGCAACUUAUCAACUUAUGUAUUUCGGUUUGUAAAACUUGAAUGGUUUUUCUAUGUGAACUUUUAUCCUAAGUUAAACAUUCUCGAACUUAAUUCCUU